AUGUACCACCUCUUCAAGUCGAUAUAUCUGCAUGCGACAAAGUAUUCCGUUCUACUCCUUGGUCUCGACAAUGCCGGCAAAACCACGCUCCUCGAACAGAUAAAAGGCACAUAUACGCCCUCGCAUCCCAACCUAAAAACCGUCCCCACUGUCGGGCAGAAUGUGGCUACAAUCGCGCUUCCGCCGCCAAACCCGCCCAUCUACCUCAAGAUAUGGGAUGUCGGCGGCCAACAUAGCUUGCGCGGGCUCUGGCAAUCAUACUACAGUAGCUGCCAUGCCAUCGUUUUCGUAAUAGACAGCAGCGAUGUUGGCAACGCGACACUAGCAGAUAUGAGCGCCAGCAACGCAGCGAGCAACGAGGACAUUGGGCGACUGGACGAGUGCAAGCUGGUCUUGGAGAGCGUGCUGGCAAGCGAAGAUGCCAGUGGCGUGCCGAUAUUGAUAUUAGCAAAUAAACAAGAUCGCGAGGAUUGUGUCGAGGUCGUGCGGAUCAAAGAAGGCUUUGUUCGGAGGGUGUUUGAAGGAGAAAAGGGUGGAAACGUAAGAGAUAGCAGAGUGCUACCGUGUAGUGCGCUCACGGGUACCGGUGUACAAGAGGCAGUUGAAUGGCUAUGUAGCAGGAUGGCGUUCAACAAAGAGGCAAGGCCACCCGUUAUGCGAUAG